AUGAAGCAAGCAUUGUGCGAAGACAAUCGCAGCUCUGAAAUAAUGUAUACGUUCAAGGAAAGGUACGCUGUGGUGACGUUUCUUUUGUUUACUCUGGGUCGCGGAAUUCCAUUUGGACAGCGGUACAAUCCUGUGAUACCGCCACUUUCGUGGCAUCUCGUGCCACCUUGGGAAUAUAUGCUACGCGAGAUUAUCCUCAAAUCAGUCAACCCGUCGCCACUGGAUAGCAAUGCACCCCUCAAGCGUCCGUUGGAUGCUUCCUACUACGGCGGCCCAGUCGCCGCUUACUCGGACGACGACAAGAAUGUCAUUCUAUCGCGUGGAAACGUUUAUCAUUUGCUAAAUGGUCACUGGAUACUAUGUCAGGACGGAUGCGUCGACUGCGAGCCAUGCGCAGUUCAGAGGAAUCCCGUAUUCACGUGGAUUCUGCGGAGGAUCAAGCAACCACCAAAUUCCGUCGCGACACGACAUGAUCUCCAGUUGACGAUAAUGCCGCAAACGAGCAAUCAUUUCCACGCCAGUAAUCUCCGGCCGAAUUACUACGUUUACGUGACGCCACAGGGGGAACCUACGUCAACCUUAACGAUUAGAACGCACGAUAAUGGCCCGAAAGAUUCCCCACCUGGUCUUGAAAACAGUGUUUCCGAGCAUCAUCGUCGAUCGAUGAAUUCCUGGCGGUUGACAGAACGAGACUCAAGCGCCAAUCAGGACAGGAUACCACAAGAGGAUACCCAUGGUACCGUUCAGGAGACCGUAAGCAUUGAAAAGAUCGAGAAAGAGGAAUCGCUCGAGCGGAAGCACGAACUCGAGAAUAUGAGACCUCGACAUCGACCUCGGCCGAGACCCAUGGAAAAAGUAGCGGAAGAAGUGAAUCAAUUGGCACCGAGAUUGAUUCUGGGGACCGAUCAAAAAGGUCAGAAGCAUUUGGUUCACGUGGUGCCGGCGAAUUAUCCGACGACUACUGCGCUUUCUACAAUUUCUCAUCCUUUAAAUCACCCAGUAUCGCCACAGUUUGUGGAGGAUCAAGCGACACAUUCAAAUAAUAUUACGAUAUCUAAAGACGAGAUGCAAACUUAUCAACGAAUAUUUCGCAGAGUUUUCGAUUCCUUGAACACGCACAGGCAAUCGAUCGAAAAUUUCCUUGAGUCAUCGACAGAUAAUAUGGGUAACUUAGAUUGGCAACAACGAUCUUCCUCGGAUAAUAUGGAAGCCUCUGGAUUUUCUUGGAAUAAUCGCGACGUAAAUCAUAAGAGUGCUAAUUUGGAGCUUAAUGACGCGUUGCUGUCGCCUUUUUAUGUAAGAAAUGAAGAUAAAAGUAGAAAGUAUCAGCAAUAUAGAAACAGGUAUGAUAACAAACAUAUUAAACAGAACAAUGGAUAUUAUAUAACAUCUCCAGAUAUGAAUCAAGCUAAAAUAUCUUCUAGCCAGUCGCAAACAGGUUUUAAUUUUGAUGUAGAUAGACAACGGCGAAGAGUACGCAUCAAACCAUACUUUGUUGAUAGUAAAGAUAUUUCUCGAAUAAAUUCAUCGGUAUCGUUAAAAAGUUUGAACAAUUAUUUGGUAAAUGCUACUCAGGGUAUUGGUUAUAGUAACGGCUUUGUUAUCAAUUCCGCAAAACAAAUUGAUCAUAAUGACACGUUUGUUGAGAAAGGAAAUGACAAUUCUAUGGAAUCGAGUUUGAUAACAAAACAGAAGAACGGACAAUUGUUCGGCUCAGAAAAGCAGGAAAGUGGCUAUGUUAAUCGAAAAUUCGAGGCUUCGCACGAUGCUUUCAAGGUAAUUACUACGGAGUCGUCGGUAAUUCGAAGCAAAACUUUAAAUCGCACUGUAGUAUUAUAAAUAACCACUUCGAAGACAUUCGUUAACAGUAAUCGACAUCUUAGAAAAAGACUAAUAGACGAAUAGAAAGAUUAAUAUCGAUAGAAAUAAAAGUAACAUACAGAUAAUUAAGAUAACAAACACACAUGCAUACUUAGUAUAUACAAUGAUUUUUCUUUACUACACAUAAUGGAUCGUUUGUGUAUAAGUUAAUUUUUUUUAAAUGUAGAAAAAUUAUUAAGUAAUUUUUGCAUACGUAACAUUUUCAGAAAGUUAGGCAAGGCUGUGUAUUACAAAAAAAGAGGAAAUAGAGACCAUUAUUAUAUAAAGUCAGGUGCUUUUAGCAUUUCAAAGAAAAUGCACAAACGAGACAAAUGAUCCAAUCGUGUGUAUCAACAAAGAUUAAUUAUAUAUUUAUAUAAUUGUAGAUGAGUU